GGUGCGCAGUUAGUCUGCGACACGCUCUCGCUUAAGAUGUGUGGCGCGAAGAUCGGCUUCAAGCGAGUCGCCGUUCCAUUCGCGAUACUACAAAUGCAAAUAUUCGUAAUCCAGACAAUGUUCAAGUUAUUAAUUAAAUAGUUAUUGUUGUGUUAAUGAAAUAAAGAUCGCUACUUGCGGGAACAUGCAUUCGUGCGGCAAAAUUAUUUGGCGAAUUUGAAAUAUUUCGCAAAUAAUUUGUGACAAGUGAACCCAGUAUCAAAUUGAGUGUCCACCGUGGUCCAGCUGUCACUAUGUGCUGGUGUUUACGUGUCUAUUGGACUGUUUUGCAUAAUUUGUUCACACGAUUUGUGACAACAUUUGCCGAUUCCGUUUAUAACAGUGAUCUGUGUGCGCGUUUAAUGUGUUGUUCGCAUUCUACUUGUUGUUUUUGUUGUGGUCAUUGUUUGUUUUAUAAACAUACUCAGCGUGAAGCGCGCAAAUCAAACGAUAAUGACGGAGAGCAGAGUGAAUUAACGCUAGCGGAUAUUGAAGAGGGGCUAGCCAAAGCAAACUCUCCAUUUCAACACCACGAUUACGUCAUAGUUGAUGAUAUAGACGCUAAUUAUCUGGAAAUUGAGCGCCGUAAAAUCGAAACAGAACAUUAUUAUCGUCUAGUAGAUCGCGCAUCUGCUGAGCAUAUUCUCAAUUGCCGCGAAGAUGGUGCCUGCCUAGUGCGACCGUUCAAAGAAGCGGAUCUAUCAAUAAAGUAUAUCGUAACGGUUUAUGCACAGCAACAAUAUUUCCACCUCUUCAUCAGGCAAUUAAGUGGCAAAGAUUCUUACAGCAUCGGACAGCAAAAGCCAAAUGAGAAAAUAUUCAAGUCGCCAAGCGAUAUAAUCGAUUUUUAUAGCCUUAAUGCAUUACAAUGUACAAAUAAAAAUAUUAGCGUAUGUUUAGUAUUAAAACCAAUAGUUACUUAGAAAUUAAAUAUGGAUGUACUUGUAGAUAUAUAAUUUAAUUGUACUUUAGUUAAUAUAAAUUAAUUUUAAGUAUUUAAUAUUUAUUACUUACAUAUUAAUUUUAUAGAAAAAGAGUUAAGUAUUAUAUCUAUGUAUAUUUAUAUGUAUGUAUGUACAUAUUGGAAGAGACUUGCAGCAGAUUCAUGCUAAUAAAGAUUGGAAUUUUAAA